GUUUGUUGUGAUUUCAUCGCUAAAAAUAUCAGCGGUUUUCCAGUAAAGGAGCAAAGUUUGCUGCCUUGGUGCGUGACGAAUAUGUGCGGAGUGUUUUCCUUCCAGCGAAUCAUCCACACCCUUUAGUGGCAACUCGCUAGCCAUGAAAUAAUCGUACCGCUGCAAUCGUGCAAUCGAUCCGAACAGUGUGUGUGCGUGUGCGUGUGUGGGCAACUGGAACAAAUGCUUAAACUACACAACUAGUUUGUUGUUUUGCUGCACAGUACACGAGCGUUGAUCGAGUGGAAAAUGAGUACCCGGCCAAGCCCUGCACCCUUCAAGCGAUCGAUCGAUGGGCUGUUCAACGUGUGGCUGAACCUGCGGAACCAGGGCCACGAGAAGCCGCUGCGCAACGCUCUCUACAAUGUGCUCGUCGUCGGGGUGAUCGCGGUCGUGAUCGGCGUCACCCUGGUGCUGGCCCCCUUCUUCAAGCCGCUACUGUGGGCGUUCCUGUUCGGGGCGGUGCUGUUUCCGGCCAAGAAACGGCUCUCCGCCUCGCUCAAGCGCUGGAUCGAGCGAAUCGAGAAGGAUGACAAAUACCUGUUGCUGGGUGUGCUGAGUGCGCCGCUCUGCUGGGUGGAUUCACUGGGCGAGUUUCUCACCGGCUGGCUGAAGGAGCAUUUGAAAAUCAUCACCGGACUGGUCGGCGGGCUGGUAACGCUGCGCUUCAUACUGUGGCUAACACCGAGCGAGGUGUUUUUCUCCAUCUGGAACUUUAUCGUGUGGAUCCAUUCGCUGUUCCGUACGCUGCUCGGGUCGCUCUCGCUGCAGAUGGUGGUCGUGAUACUGGUCGUGUACGUCGUCAGCGUAUACUUCCUCUGGACGCCGGACCAUUCGCUGCCCUUCCUGGUGAUUGGACAGUUUCUGUGGAUGGUAAUCGUCGGGUACGGGAGCAGCUUCCUCGGAGCACUGCAGGUGCCCGUAUUUCUCGGCCUACUAACCUACGGCUUGAUAGGGUUGAUUUACAACCUACAGAAAGAUGAGCGCAACGUGCGCUUCAUCGACAAAUGGCACAGCCUACUGGACGUGACCAGCUACCGGUUGGACGAUUCCUCCGUCGCCAUGAACGCCCAUGCCCAUCCGGAAGCAUCGAGAAUAGAGGAAAUUAAAGCGAAACUGCACCUAGACGUUUCGGCAACACCGCAACUUUCGAGCACGAUGAACGAAACGCCCGGUCACGGUAGUACCUAUCCGGCCAGCAUGCUAACAAACGUGGAAUCGCUCGAAAGCGACACCUACUUCCGGCUGCUGUUUUACGCGUGCGGUGCCACGCUUGUUUGGAUGCACACGUGGCUACUGUUCCUGUGCUGUAUUCCCAUCUUCCUGCACAUCGUACGGAAGGCGGCCGAAUUGUUGGGCAUCGUUGCGUACGUAUCGCAGCAGGCCGAUCACUACUGGCUAGUGCUAAAGCUGUGGCUGUUUCCACGCCAUGCGGCACUGCUUCCGCUCUGUCUGCCGGGAAUAUUACGGCUGAACACAAACAUUCACCGCUACGCUUGUGCAAAGCUGCGCUCGUACAUUGACGACAUCACUUCGAUCGUGAUGAUCGGCUUCCUGAUCGUCCUCGUCAUGCUGAUCAGUGUGUUUGCCUUCACGCAAAUCUACUCGGAAGCGAUAGCGGUCGCACAGCUAGGCUCGAAUCUUGUCAACCGCACGCUUAUACACCGACCGGAACUGAUUGAAAUGUUACCAAUCGACAUGCAAUCGAUGGACAACAUCAUCGACAACGCGUACAAGUACGGUCGCUCACAUAUCGAACAGUACGUCGAUGGUAUCUUCAACGAUACCGAUCCGACACAGGCAAUCAAGCUGAAGAUGCAGAUCCUUAGCGUUUGGGACCGGCUGAUACAGAGCUGGAUGGACCGGAGCAAUGGCGAGGGCCUGGUGGGACCGCGGGUUCCCGCUCAAGCAAUUCGCAUGACAAUAGAUGAGAUUUUUAUAAAUCCAAUCACGAAAGCUGGUCUUAUUGGUUUCAUCAAGAGCAAUUUCGGGAUGCUCUGGGAGGUGGCUGAUUCGCUGUGGAUGCUGUUGCGUACUAAUCUGACGCUGCUGCUGUCCGCGGUCGGCACCCUGGUGUCGGCCAUUCUAGGCGGUGGGCAUGCAGUUUUGAAAUUUUUAUUCCACACGAUAAUUUUCUUCACCACCCUGUUUUACCUGCUGCAAAGCAGCCAGGAUCGAUACGCACCAACGGCCAUUACCAUCAACAAUUCAUGGGGCCCGCGCAUCAUACAAGCGCUGGAAGACUCGAUAUCGAGCGUCGUCGUAGCCACGCUAAAGCUGGCCCUGUUCCAUGGACUGUUUACCUGGCUGACGCAUACCGUGUUUGGGGCGCACAUCGUCUAUCUGCCGGCAGUGCUGGCCUCAAUACUGGCGGCCGCCCCCUUCCUCGAGACGUACUGGUGCAGUGCGCCCGCCUUUCUCGAUCUGUGGCUGUCGCAGGAUCGGUUUUGGCUUGGCGUCACGCUGGUGCUGAUACACUUUAUCGUCCCGUCCAACUUCAAUCCGAUCAUACAUUCGGAGAUAAAAGGUGGUGGCCAUCCGUACCUGACGGGACUGUCAAUUGCCGGUGGAAUGUACCUGUUCGGGCUGGAGGGAGCAUUGUUAGGGCCGCUACUGCUUUGCUUGCUAGUCGUUUUGUUUGAAGUUACCAUUAGCGCUAUCCGAGAUAGCCCGGCCACGCCGCAAACCAGAAAAUCUAGCCUAGACACAAACAACGAUAUCUAUUCACCCGCGACGACCAAACCGACCACCGCUCCAUCGGCUGCCUAUUUGAUGCGGACCAAAGAUGGCAAGUUUCUAAACUCACCGCUGACCAUGAACUGCACCACAUCGCCCAUGUGCAUGACCGUGCGCGGCACCCCGUUACACUAACGCGCCUCCUAACCGUUCGCUUGGCUUGGUGUGCAUCAACUUCCUUCCCUGUUUUAAUCCACUAAACAGCUCAUCUCACCAUUGACACAUACUCAUCCGAUCCGAGCUUCUUUGGCACCUAACCAUGCCAUAUGAAAAGUUCUUGUUGUUCGUUAUUACCUACCGUGUGUAUUUUAUGCUUGUGUAUCCUUCACCCCUUACCCCAUUUACCUCCCCCCACCACUCGUUCCGUUGUGCAUGUAAUUGCAUUCCGCAACCAAUCAUACCCCUCCCACCAAUGUCUCAGCAGCAACUUCCGGUACGCCGCAUUCCAGGAGCAGAUGAGCGUGGGCGGACGUGGUGCUGCUGCUCCUACUGCUGUGGCACCGACGGCACAAUCUGGGACAGGGACGACCAAUG